AUGCUCUGGCUCCAAAUCGUUCAGUAUGCCGGCUUCUUUUUUGCUCAAAUAACCAAUUCAGUUUUAGUCUACCUUAUCAUUACUAAAGCUGGAAAGUUAUUCGGAUCCUAUAGACAUGUCAUGUGUGUUUUUGCGAUGUACUCUCUUAUCUAUUCAUGGAUCGAAGUGCUCACUCAACCGGUUAUGCACAUCAAAGGACAAGUGUUCAUAGUUUAUAUGGAUAGCCCACUCAAACCCUACAAGUGGAUUGGAAUGGAAAUUACUUACUUAUACUGCGGCUCAUUUGCUUUAGUUAUAUCUUUAUUAGCUGCACAAUUCUUCUAUCGAUAUGUGGCAAUUUGCAGACCAGAUACAUUAUCAAAGCUUUCUGGUUUCAAACUUGGCUUGAUUUUUGUCCCGUGUGUUAUUUGCUUCUUUCUUUGGUACGAAUUUGUGUUCUACGGGAUGGCUAAUACAGUGGAAAAGCAGGAAUUCAUGAAAGAAGAAUUGAGAACAGUUUACAAUGAAGACUCUGAAACGGUUCCAUUUAUUGCUCCAAUGUACUGGUCAACAAAUCAAAAUGGUAUAAGGAAAUGGAAAAUUCUAGAUUGUUUAUCAGCGGUUGGGUGUGUUGGGAUUAUUAGUGUCUGCUUCUCUACUAUCCUUUACUGCGCCUUCAAUAUUUACUGGACAAUGAAAGAGUCGCAAGAUCAUAUGAGUGCCAGAACACUGGAGUUGAAUCAUCAACUAUUCGUCACUUUAACGUUCCAGACAGUCCUCCCAUUUUGCAUGAUGUACAGCCCCGUGGGACUAUUAAUGACGUUUCCGCUUUUUGAAGUGUACGUCGGAAGAAUCGCCAACUAUGUUGGAGCUAGUUUAGCUGUGUACCCGGCUCUAGAACCGCUGAUUGCCAUGUUUUGCAUCAAAGAUUUCAGAAAAGCUGUGUUAUGUAGAAGUGAUCGGAAGAAAUCCAAGAUUUCCAGUAGCAGUCAGUCUAAACAUUCAGCGAUAAAUUGA